UGUUUCCUGAAUGUAACAGUCACAUAGCACACUAACGGUCUGUAACACACGUGGAAGUCUACAUGUGCUCAGUUGGGGCAGAAACCUCAAACAUGAGUGCCAAUAACAGCAGAAUAGACAAUAACACCCUGAUUAUACUUCAAACCAAAUGGACUAGUGACAUUAUUUCAGUCAUCUAUGUCUUUGUGACCCUGGUGAACCUCUGUGGGAAUGGCCUUUCCAUGUGGCUGCUGUUGUUCCGCACUUACCCAAAGACCCCUUCCAUCAUCUUCAUGAUCAAUCUCACCAUUACUGACCUGGCACUGGGCUUGGCACUCCCUUUCCAGAUCAUGUACCAAUUACAAGGCUACAACUGGACCCUGGGCUCAAGCAUGUGCAACAUACUAACAGUCACCUUCUUUGUUAACAUGUAUUGUUCCAUUUUGACAAUGACUGCUAUAAGCGUUGAACGCUACAUGGGCAUUGUGAAGCCAAUGCGCUUCAGACAGUUAAAUUUGAAGAUCAGAUAUGCAAUUAUUGCAUGCUUCGUGAUGUGGCUCAUAGUCCUAGUUGUUCUCAGCCCACUGGAGAAGACGGAUUUGACAUUCUACGUGCACGAGCUCAACAUCACCACCUGCUUUGACAUUCUAAAGAAGGACAUGCUUCCAUCGAUUGCACACUGGGCAGCCUUCCUGUUUGGCAUGUUUUUUGUUCUGUUCCUCUGUCCGUUUAUCAUAACUGUGUACUGUUACAUAAGGAUCAUAUGCGCUCUUGUCAAAAAUUCCAAUACCAGGCAGAAAGGGCGUGCUGUGCGCCUGGCUUUUAUUGUCAUGUUUGUGUUUAUUUUCUGCUUUGCACCCAACAACAUAUUACUCUUAGCCCACACAGUCACAAAGCUGUACUAUAACAAAUCUCUCUACAUGUACUACAAACUGUCCCUGUCACUUAGCUGCAUAAACAGCUGCCUGGAUCCAUUCAUCUAUUAUUUAGCUUCGAAGGAUUUCCGUCGAAAGAUGAGACAGAUGUUGAGACUUCAAAACCUCAGCAUGGUGGAUACGGAAAUGAGUGAAUGCCGCAGAGAAAGUUUCCAUUCAGCUCGUACUGGUUCUAUUGGGAAAGCAGAUGCAAGACACACAGAGAACUCUCGUAGUCGGGUCAAUUCAAACUUAUAGUUUGAAUAUGUUAUGAAUAGUUUUGUUUUGAAUACAACUUUGUGUGUUUUUGCUCAGUAUUCACUUUCUUAGAAUAUGAAGAGGAAGCCAGCAUACUCGUGAUAUUUCUAAAGAAAUCCCACAUUUGUACAGUAAUCCAUCCUUCCUCAUUGUUGACAGAUUUUUUUAACCAUGCUUUUACAGCUAAUAUUUAAACAUUGUGUUUUAUGUCUUGUUUUGUAGCAUAUGCAUAUUUUCUCACUCGUUCUCUGGGGCCAGUCUGUUAUGGAACUAACUAUAUUACAUUUAUUUGCCUGUUUUGUCCAUACAUUUGAAAGUAUUUUAAGUAUUUUAAGUACUUCUGCACAAUUCCAUUGAUAUAGUUUGAUUGACAUGCACUUUUACUGACCUUGUAGCGCUUACUAAAGCAUUCUAGCUAAAGUUGUUUACUUGCUUUAGUUCACUUUCUUUUAAAACUCAGUAUUUUAUGUCAACAAAUGUGUUUUUGGAUAACAUUACAUAUGGUUUUCUCUUUAACUCCAUGUGAUGAAAACUGUGGCCAUAAGAAUAAAU